AUGUUGUAAAAAAAUAUGGAAAGCUGCGAACUCCAAGAAGAAGUUAGAAGAUGUCCAGGACAGCGAAUUGAUCGAAGAGAAUACGAAAACGGACGUCAUCAGACGGGACUAACACUAGGAAGAAGAAAAAUAGGAGAGAGCGUAGAGCUGAAAACCUUUUGGGAUGACCAGAAUGUGGCGAUCAUAUUCUUCAGAAGAUGGGGAUGCAUGCUGUGCAGAUUGUGGGCUAAGGAGCUUGGUGAGAUAGCACCAGUAUUGAACAAACACAACAUUAAGCUGAUAGGCGUGGGCGUAGAGGAGGCCGGCUCUAAGGAGUUUGUCAACGGGAAAUUCUUUGAUGGAGAUCUAUACUACGUGGAAAACAUCUCGACAUACCAGACUCUUGGCUUCAAGCGAUUUAACGUGGUCACCAUACUCACGUCUCUUUUCUGGAAACAGUCCAGAGACGCCAUCUUCAAAGGCCGUGGAAUGGGCCUAGGGGGCGAUUUGAAGGGCGAUUGGGUACAAACUGGAGGUGCCGUGCUGGUUGAAAAGGGCGGGAAGUUGCUCCGCCAUUUUGUGCAGACUGGACCCGGUGAUCAUUUGUCCAAUAAGGACAUUUUGCAGCACUUCGGUCUUGAGAACGAGUACAACCCAGAGACGAUGGCUAACAAGAAACCAGAGGAAAAGGAAUGCACCAGUAAACAUCACUAGAAGUAGCCGUCAUCGUAGUUAGACUCACUAAUUGACUUUCCACUAAUUAUCCAUUUUUCAGACAGAAGCAAAGCCCUAGGCCUUGGCUAGCGACCCUACAGAAGCAAUCCCUCGCCCCUAUUCACUCUAUAUGGAUGGAUCGGCGAUGUAAACUUCAGAAAUCUUGGGUUUAGUACGCAAUCCAUUGACGAUUUUGUAACUAUGAGACUGAAAAACCCGCAUUGGACGGGGUGAAGAAAUUUUUAGUAUUUUUUUGUUUUUUAUGUAGCUGUUUGUAUUUUUUUGCAGCGAAUGUUAUUAUAAACGAUUUUAUUCAUUCUAACUAGAAUUAAAGAUGUGUUUUAAAAGUAAUGAAGGAAUACCUACAUUUAUUUGUGUUCUUAUUGAUUGAGGCUGUAUAAAAGACAAAUUGUUUUGUGAAAAAAAAUGGCAAGUAUUAAAAGACAAAGACAUUAGGUAUAUUUUUUUUUAAUAAAGAGGCUUUUUAACAUAGUUUGUAAAUUAAUUAAGUCGUCAAUGGAUCGCGUAAUAAAGGACUGAAUUAUAUUUAAACAUAUAAAUGUUGUAUUUUAAAUAAUAACGUAAUAUUUUCGGUGAAUGGUGUCUUAAUCGUAAACUUAUAUCAUGACAAAUUGCAUUUUCUUGUAACUUUAUAAGACUUUGUUAAAAUAUCGUAAACUAUUUAAAUCUAUAUAUGAAAAAUAUUGUAAGUAAUGCUGGUUCAGACGGUGUUUGUUUGUUGUUAAAUAUUUGCAAAAUUGAAAGUAAAAAAAAAACUGAAAAAUAUUUGGUACUGAAAUAUAAAAUUGAAACCAAGUUUAUAUCGUCUGAACUGAGACAAGUAUCAUAAAAUAGUAAUUUCAUAAAUAUUUAAAAUGUUUAUCAAGUUUCAUAAAUAAAUAUCGAGUCUACAUUGAGCUUAUGAUGUUCUAUAAUACUUAAAAAGUUAAAUAUCAUCUGUCUAUAAGAUAGCAAGUGAAAAAACAUAAUUUUUCUAUAUUAUUCUCUUUGAUAUAAUUUUGAUUAUUUUUCUUUUGAGAUACAUAAUUUUGUCGAUAUAUCGAUAAUAGUGUAAUCCCUUAUCGAUAUAUUUUGUCGACCUUAGUUUUAAGUUGUAUAUCGUAAUUUUAUCCUUGUUUUACAUUUUUAUUGGCUGGAAUUUCCAAAAAAUAGUUUUUUGCAAAUUAUAAGACUGUUUGAUUGGAAUUUAAAUUGGGCCUAAUUAUCUUUAAGAUUUAAUGAAGGCUAUGUUUUAAAAUUAAAUACCAAAUUAAAAUGGAGGCUUUUUAUUUCAAAUUUUUGAAACGCAAAAAAUACAUUAUUUAUUAAUAUUUUUGUCUGUAGGCUUUUCAGACUCUCUUUUAAGGCAAAGUGAAGUUUUGACUGACGCGUCAGUCUUGACGGAGAUAGUUGUGUUUUAAGUACAUUUAGUAACAUUAAAAUAUUACCUAAUCGUCAAUUGACACCACUCACUAUGCCGUUUUCGGAGCACAUUUGUCUAUUUUACUGGCCUGUUACCUAAAUAAAAUGCCUUAUUUGAGUUUUUUUUCCACAGACACGUUAAAAGAAUUGAAUAUUGUAUAAAUGCAGUAACUACAUUAUGUAUGUAUGCCUUAAAUUUUGAUCAGUAAGUACAUAGAAUGUUGGUUUACUUAAAUUAUAAUAAGUUGACAUACUUUCCCAGAGUUUAUAGAAGUUUUUUCAAUAUAUUUGAUAAUUUUAAGAUAUUUUCCAUUUAUAUUUUUACCUUUAUGAAUAUGUAUACGUUUAGAAUUGGGUGUUUUUAUUGUAUUUUAUUAUCAAGUUUACUUUGUACGCUCAAAGUGUUUUAGAAUAAAAGUUAAUAUGGAAAA